CCAAUCAGGAAGAGGAUCUGGGUGAAUGCCGGCCUUUUACUUUACUGAGUGGCCAAUCCGGUGGUAGGCUCACCUCCCCCUCUACCCAGAGUCACUGCUGCGGCCGCCGCCAUUUUAGCGUUUUGUCAGAACCUUCCGCGCCGCGAGGAAGCAUUCUUGCUGAUUUCCGUGCGGGCAGAGAUGGUGAAGCUGUUCAUAGGAAACCUGCCGCGGGAGGCUACAGAGCAGGAGAUCCGCACACUCUUCGAGCAGUAUGGGAAGGUGCUGGAAUGUGACAUCAUUAAGAACUACGGCUUUGUGCACAUAGAGGACAAGACGGCGGCAGAGGAUGCCAUUCGCAACCUGCACCACUACAAGCUGCAUGGGGUGAACAUCAAUGUGGAAGCCAGUAAGAAUAAGAGCAAAACCUCCACGAAGUUGCAUGUGGGCAACAUCAGUCCCACCUGUACCAACAAAGAGCUUCGGGCCAAGUUUGAGGAGUACGGUCCAGUCAUCGAAUGUGACAUCGUGAAAGAUUAUGCCUUCGUACACAUGGAGCGGGCAGAGGAUGCGGUGGAGGCCAUCAGGGGCCUCGACAACACAGAGUUUCAAGCACAGUAUAGGCAUACUUCAGAGAUGCUGCAGGUUCAGUUCCAGACCACUGCAAUAAAGUGAGUAUUGCCAUGAAGCCAGUCAGAGCAAGUUUGGUGGUGGAGGGUCUUGCCUAAAAUUUGGGAAGGAAAAGAAAGCAGUAUCUGUGAAACACAAUAAAGCAAGGUGUGCCUGAAUCGGCAUUUUUCUUUAUUUUAUAUAUAUGAAGAACUUGGCAAAAGCUACUUAAGUGACACAUUAAAGAGUAGAAACCCUGUUAAGCUCCUCCACCUUAUCCCAACUCAUAAUUUUUCAGUAAAGAUAACUAGUGAUUAGAUAACUGGUGCCAUUAAAGGGCUGUACCUCUUGUUUGUACCAAGAGGUUCUAUUUUUGAGGAAGAGACUAAUUUUUUUUUUUUGAGGAAGAGACUAAUUUCAGGAGUUUCUGAGAAGGAGGUAUUGAGACAUUUUGGGGGAAGACAGUAGUGGCAGUGCCUUCACUCUGGUUUGGGGGGAGCUGGCGGGAUUGAUGAACUUCAACAUCCUUUGUGAAUAGAUAACUUAGAUGGGUGUUGCCUUGAAGGCUUGACGAGGUGGAUCAUGUUAGUGUACCUGGAGGGCAGCAUGAGCGAUGCUGUGGACUUUCUCGCUUUGGGAGGUAUCUUUUCUUGGUUUUAAGAUCCAAGCUUCUGUGGCAAGAGUGGCAAUCACGAGGGGACUGGUAACCAUGGUGAGUUGUUAACUUCUUUCACCCCCUUUGGGUCCCCAGUGUUAAAAAAGAACCUUUUCCCUUUGAUUGUAACUACUUCCAAAUUAUUUGAUAUCCCCACAACUCCUUGCUACAUUUUUAAUGUACACUCCAGCCUUUUUAGCCCAGACCCAAGGUAGUGGCUGCUGCUUUCCCUGAGUAAUUGCUGCUAUCUUUGCUGUUUAUCUCCUUUAAAUGGGACCUUUCUUAGAGAUGGAGGUCUCAUCAUUAUUCUUCCAAGUAACGGGUGCUCUGUGUCAUGGGUAUUGCUGUGAGUUGUUAAGCAGAAGUGUUGUAGGUCUCCCAGGUCUAGUUUGUUUUCCUGUUUUAAUUGGUAAGUUGAGAAUUAUUGUGUGUCAACAACUUAAUUGGGAGCAAAGGCUGCUCUUGUGGAGGGUUUGUGGUCUGAUACCUAAUUUUUGGACAAGAAGAUGUGGUGUCUGCUUGUAGAAGUUAAACGUGUAAGGGAGGAACAGUGUGGACUGAUUCAGGUCAAAUCUUUUAGCAUUUGAUCUUUAGGCUCUCUGUUUGCCCUAUUUUUCUUAUUUUUAGCCAUUUCUCCUUAAUACUGCCUAGUAGAGUUCUAAGUGUAUGCAGGGUAGCAGUAUAUGUUAGUGGUCCUUUCCCCUUUCAGUUUCUCAGUGUUAGGUAUUCAGCUAGGCCCUCAGUAUAAGGGGAUUCCUAUCCUCAUUGAAAAUAGAUUUGACUCUUGGACAAUACAGGUUUGAAUUUCAUAGGCAUAAGUGGGUCCACCCAGUUCAAACCCAUGUUGUUCAAGGGUAAACUUUCUAUUAUUCGCCCAUUUAAAAAUUUUAGAUCUUUUAAAAACUUAGCUGCUUUUUCUAGAUUAUAUCAGGGCAUUUAUUAAUGAUCUUUUAUGUCUUGAAUGUGCUUGGUUGGUUCCUUGGUUACACUUAUUUUCUCUGAUUUUGAUAGGUGCCAAAGUGGCCCUCUGGGCAAAUGCCCAAAUACACAGAUUAUCACAUUAAAGCACUCAAAUAUUUAAUUGCAUUUCUUAACUAUUAACCCGCAGACUACACCUACCAGAUGUAAUGUUUAAACCAUGACUUUCUUUUUGUCAUUUUGGUCCUUCUGCCCUAGAACCUAACUUUAAUUGCAGGUGAAUUUUGUGUUUACUAUUUUCUGUAAUGUUAGAUGAAUAGAUGACCUGUUGACUCUCCCCUGCUUUUAAUCAUUCAUUUCUUUGACAUCUGCCAAGUUUAGGUGCAUCACAGCCAAUUGCAUUAGAAAGUUUUUUUUGGAAUUUUGCUUACCAUGAAAUUGGUAGAUAAUGUUAGGCAGAAAUGCUUCUGUGAAAAAGUUAAGCUUUUCCAGGAAAG